UCCCAAUUGUCAAAUCAGCACAGUUUACUCUUACCUCAACCAUUGGGGUCGCAAGAGCACAAUGGCUUCACGUCGCCUUCUAGCACUAGGUGCUACCAUACUUUGGUUCAUGACGAUGCCCCUGGUAUCAGCCUCGAUCCCACAUUCCAGGAGACAAGCAGCUACUGCUGCUGCCCCGCUAAAGCCAUGGAUCACCAUCGACAAGGACGGAGCUGCACGCACCAUCACACCGACCGUCACCACCACGAACCAAGCCGUUCAGACCCUAUCAGGGGCACCCAGCUCUCUGACGGCAGAGUCCACCUGGUUCCUAUCCAACAAUGGCAUGACUACCACCACAGUCUUUGCUCCACACCCUGCUCCAACUUCCGAUUACGGCAUGCAAAGGGGUGCAUUUUUGGUCUGUGAAAGUUAUUACGGUCAAGAUAUGCCAUUCUGUACGCCGAAACGAGGCAGCAUGCUCAAUCCGAAGUGGGCUUAUUACAUUACGUGGAACCCCCAACAUUUUGCCCACCAAGACGACAAGCUCAAGAUCGAAGUCGUGUACGAUGACAGCCGCGCAGAUGUGAUAGCUCAGAGCGUCAGAGCCUCGGUCGGCUACUACGCCUGGAUAAUACCAGAAGACAUGCUCACCAAGUUCAACACCACGGCCAUGAACGCCAGCAUCAAGUACAACUACCAAUCUCAUGACAGCUCCGAAUUCAACGAGAUCCGCGGCAACGGGCCCCGAGUCGUUAUCACCGAGGAUGUCAUGUGGUCCAUGUACAACACCGGCGGCAAUGGCUCUCCUGGACCCAUUUCCACUGUCGUCGUCGUUCCCAUCGUUGUCGUGUUGUUCAUUGCUCUAGGGAUCUACUGCUUUUGGAGUUAUCGCAAGAAGGCCCUCGUACCUUUUGUCGCGUCCUUCGCAAAUCUGAAGCGGAAUUUGGGGCGAGUCCGCGGUUCUCAUGGGUACGGGGUGAGGAAGAGCCGCUCGGAAAGGACCGGGACGGCCAAUCCAACGCAGGACGCCGAGAUAGCCCGGGUUGCGGCGCGCGGGGACUCGUUCCGUGCCAACUAUCAACCCGAGGAUAAGACACCAGGGAUUCAACUGACCAGUAGUGAAAGCUGGUCGCCCACGUCGACGUUUGGGACGAACGUGUUCCGGGAAGAGAUUCAGAGACAAGAUGGCCGAAAGUAA